AUGGGGAACCGGGAGAUGGAGGAGCUGAUCCCGCUGGUGAACCGGCUGCAGGACGCCUUCUCGGCGCUGGGGCAGAGCUGCCUGCUGGAGCUGCCGCAAAUCGCCGUGGUGGGCGGCCAGAGCGCGGGCAAGAGCUCGGUGCUCGAGAACUUCGUGGGCAGGGAUUUUCUUCCACGAGGAUCAGGCAUCGUAACAAGACGACCCCUUGUUCUACAGCUUGUCACUUCAAAAGCAGAAUAUGCUGAAUUCUUACACUGCAAAGGAAGAAAAUUUACAGAUUUUGAUGAAGUUCGUCAAGAGAUUGAAACAGAAACUGAUCGAGUGACAGGAAUGAAUAAAGGCAUUUCAUCUAUACCUAUUAAUUUACGAGUCUAUUCUCCACAUGUGUUAAAUCUAACCCUUAUUGACCUGCCUGGAAUCACUAAAGUGCCAGUAGGGGAUCAGCCACAAGAUAUUGAAUAUCAGAUCAGAGAAAUGAUUAUGCAGUUUAUCAUUCGAGAAAAUUGUCUGAUUUUGGCUGUUACACCUGCAAACACAGAUCUUGCCAACUCGGAUGCCCUGAAAUUAGCUAAAGAAGUUGACCCUCAAGGUCUCAGAACUAUUGGAGUCAUCACCAAACUAGAUCUUAUGGAUGAAGGAACUGAUGCAAGGGACGUUCUAGAGAACAAAUUGCUUCCUCUUCGAAGGGGUUAUGUUGGUGUGGUAAAUAGAAGCCAAAAAGACAUUGAUGGAAAGAAGGACAUUAAGGCAGCUCUCUUAGCAGAAAGAAAAUUUUUUCUUUCCCACCCAGGCUACAGACACAUUGCUGAUCGAAUGGGAACCCCACAUCUUCAGAAAGUCCUUAAUCAGCAACUUACUAACCAUAUUCGAGACACAUUGCCAAACUUCAGGAGCAAACUCCAAGGGCAAUUACUCUCCAUAGAACAUGAAGUAGAAGCCUACAAAAACUUCAAGCCAGAAGAUCCCACAAGAAAGACCAAAGCUUUGCUACAGAUGGUUCAGCAGUUCUCAGUGGAUUUUGAGAAGAGAAUUGAAGGAUCUGGAGAUCAAGUAGAUACACUAGAGCUCUCAGGUGGUGCAAAAAUAAACCGAAUUUUCCAUGAGCGAUUUCCUUUUGAGAUUGUAAAGAUGGAAUUCAAUGAGAAAGAACUGAGAAGAGAAAUAAGUUAUGCAAUCAAAAAUAUUCAUGGAAUCCGGACGGGAUUAUUUACCCCAGAUAUGGCAUUUGAAGCAAUAGUUAAAAAACAAAUUGUAAAGCUAAAAGGACCUUCCCUGAAGAGUGUAGACCUGGUGAUGCAGGAGUUAAUCAAUACUGUAAAGAAAUGUACUAAAAAGCUUGCAAACUUUCCAAGACUUUGUGAAGAAACAGAAAGGAUUGUUGCGAACCACAUUCGUGAAAGAGAAGGAAAGACAAAGGAUCAGGUACUGUUGCUGAUUGACAUUCAGGUAUCCUAUAUUAACACCAACCAUGAAGACUUCAUUGGCUUUGCAAAUGCCCAGCAAAGAAGCAGUCAGGUUCACAAGAAGAGUGCAGUUGGAAAUCAGGGAACCAAUCUUCCGCCUUCAAGGCAAAUUGUGAUUCGGAAGGGAUGGCUAACGAUCAACAACAUUGGCAUCAUGAAAGGAGGGUCCAAGGAGUAUUGGUUUGUCCUCACUGCAGAAAGCCUAUCCUGGUAUAAAGAUGAUGAGGAAAAAGAAAAGAAAUACAUGCUUCCCUUGGACAACCUGAAAGUUCGAGAUGUGGAAAAGAGCUUUAUGUCUAGCAAGCACAUCUUUGCACUUUUUAACACAGAGCAAAGGAAUGUAUAUAAGGACUAUCGCUUUCUUGAGUUGGCAUGCGACUCCCAAGAAGAUGUAGAUAGCUGGAAGGCAUCUCUACUACGAGCUGGUGUAUAUCCUGACAAAUCUUUAGGGAACAACAAAGCUGACAAUGAUGAGAGUGGUCAAGCAGAAAACUUUUCCAUGGACCCACAAUUAGAGAGACAAGUGGAGACCAUUCGCAACCUUGUAGACUCCUAUAUGUCUAUAAUCAACAAAUGUAUCCGAGACCUGAUUCCAAAAACAAUAAUGCACCUUAUGAUCAACAAUGUCAAAGACUUCAUAAAUUCAGAGCUCCUAGCACAGUUAUAUUCCUCAGAGGACCAAAACACUUUGAUGGAAGAGUCUGCUGAGCAGGCUCAGCGCCGCGAUGAGAUGCUUCGAAUGUACCAAGCCCUUAAGGAAGCCCUGGUAAUUAUUGGUGAUAUCAAUACUUCCACUGUGUCUACUCCAGCGCCGCCUCCAGUAGAUGAUUCCUGGCUGCAGCAUUCUUCUCGUAGAUCUCCCCCUCCAAGCCCUACAAACCAAAGGAGACCAACAUUAAAUGCUCCUCCAACCAGACCCACAUCAGGCCGAGGACCUGCUCCAGCAAUUCCAUCCCCUGGUCCCCAGUCUGGGGCUCCACCAGUACCAUUCCGUCCAGGACCUUUACCUCCUUUCCCUAGUAAUAGUGAUGCAUUUGGAGCACCUCCACAAGUUCCAUCACGACCAACACGGGCUCCUCCCAGUGUCCCAAGCCAGUCCCCCAAAUUUUGAGUAAGGACAAACCCACGAUUCUUAUGAACAUGCCAUUGCAUUCCUAACAUCAAGUUGUGGUUCCAUGGAGGACGAAGCUGCUGAACUUUAAAGUUGGGGGCUCAGGGUAUAUGGACAAAGUUGCUUCUGUGACUAGCCUAUGCUGAUUCCUCCUCAAUAGGUAUCCUGGAGUCAUUCUUACUCCUCAGCUGCCCUCUACAGUUAUGGCUUCUUUUAACAGUUUGUUGUCAUCUGGACAAAUGAUUCACAAUUCUAUGACCUUUCCACUUCCUUAGCCACUCUCCCUUGAAAGAAAGAAAGAAAGAAAGAAAGAAGGAAGGAAGGAAGGAAGGAAGGAAGGAAGGA